AUGCUACUCGGUAAUGUUCGAAGAGAUAUGAAUACAGAUUACCGAAGAAAUUCUAAUGCGCUCUAUUCGAUACCACCAUUAAUGAAUACGUCGUUAUCAUUACCAAAAACCAUUCGAACUUCAAUUAUACAACAGAAAACAAUGAUGAACUAUGAUCACAAGUCGUCGUACUGUUAUACAACUGUUGCAUUACUUUCGUUACGAUCCUCAUUGAACAUAACAAUAUUUCCAGAUCAUCUGGUCGAACGACGUUUUCUUGAUAAAGAAAACUACAUUGAUCUUGAUCGAAUGUUAGUAGAAAAAGCUGGUAAAUUUGAUUUGAAAUCAUUCAAUAUGAGCGAUGGACCAAUCUUGCCGAGUAGAAUACAUAAAUAUGAUUUUUCUGAUACGGCAGUUAUUGAAAAAGUAAAAGGUCGCCGUCCAAAACAUCCAUUAACACCACAACAAGUAGCUGCUCUCACCACAGUUGCAACACGUUAUCAACCAUCAACAUCAUUAGAUUCUCAUCAAAGUCAAUCUUCUCAUGUUUGGAUUGAUGAUUAUAGUCAUCGGAAAGCACAAAAUAAUUCACCUCGACACCAUUUACCAGCACAACCUUUAAUGCCGUAUCAAAGACAAAAUCCUAAUCAAUGUGAAUUAUAUACAAAUCAAAUUAAGUCUCUUCUAUCAACUUAUCAAUCAUCUAAAGAACAGAAAAAUGAUGAAACCAUCAAUAAAACAGCAAAUACUAUUCCAAUUUUACAACGUUUAUUUGAAGCUCAACGACUUCAAAAAGUUGAACAAGGAAAACUGAAGUCAUCAGAAAUAACAGAUGUCUUGGAUCAACAAUCUCCAUCACAUUUAACAUCAACACCCAAAUAUUAUGAACAAGGUUCAUCUGUAUUUUGCACACCAACAACGCCAAAACAAUCAAACUCGAAUGAUGCACUCGAAUGGAUUUGUUCAACUAAUAAAAAUCAGAACGAUGUAUUUACUCAACGGCUCAAUGAACAUCUUAACUAUUCAACAACACUACAAACGCCUACUACAUCGAGUAGUAAUAGUACUAGUCGAUCGAAUAAUGAUAGUCAACGUAGUACAGAAGAAGAUGAUCAACAGAAUUUUUUCUCAGCACUACCAUCACCUAUUGAACAACAAGAUAGUUUACCAUCUAUUUUGAGCAAUCGUACAGUCGAUAAAUUAUGUUGCGCAAUAUCAAACGAUCAUCGUUCAUUGGAAUAUUGGUUUGGUACUUCUAUACACCAGAAUACUUAUCCACGAGUACCAUCCGAGAAUGUUUUAUCUGCAUGUGACUUUGAACAGUGA